AUGGGCUCACCUAUCAUAUCCCCAGACCCUGCACCCCUACCGGUUCAAGCCCUUACCAUUUUCGAACUGAUGGGACCAUCGGUGCCAGGACCUAUAACUUCUCUCUUGCCCAGCUCGGAGAGCGGCCGCAAGAGUACUCACAUGGAGUCAAACAGCAACCGAAGCUUUCUCGGAACCGCGCCGGACAGCGGGUAUGGCUCCGUGGCCCAUGCACAUCCUCUCGAUUAUCACAACUACCAGGCUGAUACCAAUAAGUAUGGAAUGGGGCUUGAUGCCAUGGACCAAGGCGAUCAGUCGUCACUGCUGAAUGGCUCGUACCAUACACAGCAAGACUACGCUGGGGUGAAUAGCAGCGCUAGUGCUAUGGAUCCCGACGAUGCAAUGAAUUACUUGCAAGGCGGGAACGUAUGGGGAAGUUAUGAUGGACAUCCCUUCGGCUUUGGAUCAAGCUUUAUGCCAUAUCAAAUGCCCAGCCACAGUCCUUGGACCUCGACAGACAUGUCGUCCCUUGCCUUGCAUCAACCGCCUCAAGCUUGGCAGACGGCAAUGAUGACCCCACCGGCGGAAUCUUACGACUUGGGCCACUCAUAUCAGCCAAAGACCCCAAUGGGCCCUUUCAAACAUUCAGCAGAGAUCCAAACAGAUACGUCGGGCUAUGUUUUCCCACAACAUGAUGGACAACGCGAUAUGUUUAUCCCAGAUACACAUUUGAAUGCGGUCAAGCUCGAAGUCAACGCACUACACUCUUGCCCGGGGUCAUCACCAGCUACGCCGGCCAGCUAUGUCGCCACUCCAAACUCAUCGCGAAUGUCUUCGUUGCCAUACAGAUUCAGUGAGGACCGUCCACAGGAUGAAGUUGUGGUCCCGGAAUCAUCAGUGGGGGAUGAAGCUUGUGCGUCGACCACAAGUUACCCUGAUCUGCCGGGCUCGUCUCCCACAUCGGCUGGAUCCAACGUCACCCCAAAUCUUGACGCCGCAAAGCCGGACAAGGGGCAAGAAAUCAGCCACGUGGAACCGAAGUCCACCACGGGUAGUACGACAAACACAACUGUCAAAGAACGGCGUGUACGGGCCCCUAGGCCUCCGGGCAGUAACCGAGCCGCAGCCAAGAAAUGCCGCGAGAAGACCAAAAAUAACGAAAAGGAACUGGAGUUUCGAGAACGGAAUAUGGGAACACUUAACAUGCUGCUCAAGAGGGAGCUGGAACAAGUGGUUCGAGAGGCUGUCGAAUGGCGAACGAGACUCCUUGCUCAUGCCCACUGCGACAAUCCCAGCAUCAACAACUGGAUCAAUGCCAGGGCUGUGGAGAUGUAA